UUCUCACUUGGGAUCCCUCACUGGUCCUGACUACAACUUGCAGAGGAACAGUCUUUAUUUUAGUGCCUCCGGAUUUUCCAGUCUUGGAUUAUGUUGUAUAUUGGCUCCCUCUUGAUCACCUUCCUCCUACUUCCACGCCAUUUUUGCAACUCUUGGUCGGUGAACAAUUUUCUGAUGACCGGCCCCAAGGCUUAUCUUAUUUACUCAAGCAGUGUGGCGGCUGGAGCACAGAGUGGUAUUGAGGAGUGUAAGUACCAGUUUGCCUGGGAUCGGUGGAACUGUCCUGAGAGAACACUGCAACUCUCCAGCCAUAGUGGACUGCGCAGUGACUGGAAUUCCCAUUCUACAGGAUCUUCUACCACAGGCAGCAGCCUAUAUGAAACUGGGCCUACUUCUCCAGUCUGGAGCAUUCAUUUCAACAGGAUCCUCUUCUCUAGACUGGAAUCUCAAUACAACCGGACUUUCUUAUCUCGUCUCCAGAUUCCAUUUCCACCGAACUACCCACCACCUGGAACCUCUCUUUCCACCGGAUUCAUUUCUCCAGCAAACCGGGAAACUGCUUUUGUCCAUGCCAUAAGCUCAGCUGGAGUAAUGUACACACUGACACGGAACUGCAGCCUGGGAGACUUCGAUAAUUGUGGUUGUGAUGACUCCAGAAAUGGACAACUUGGAGGACAAGGAUGGCUCUGGGGUGGCUGCAGUGACAAUGUAGGCUUCGGAGAAGCAAUUUCUAAGCAGUUUGUGGAUGCACUAGAGACGGGACAAGAUGCAAGAGCUGCCAUGAAUCUGCAUAAUAACGAGGCAGGAAGGAAGGCAGUGAAAAGCACCAUGAAGAGGACCUGUAAGUGCCAUGGGGUUUCUGGAAGCUGCACUACCCAAACUUGCUGGCUUCAGCUGCCUGAGUUUAGAGAAGUGGGCUAUUACUUGAAGGAAAAAUAUCACAAAGCCCUAAAAGUGGAUCUACUACAAGGAGCAGGUAAUAGUGCAGCCAGCAGGGGUGCCAUAGCUGAAACCUUCAGUUCUAUAUCCAAGAAAGAGCUUGUGCACCUAGAAGACUCUCCAGAUUACUGCCUGGAGAAUAAGACUCUGGGACUGCUGGGUACAGAAGGCAGGGAAUGCCUCAAGAGAGGGAAGACGCUCAGCAAGUGGGAAAAGAGAAGUUGCAAGCGUCUGUGUGGAGAUUGUGGUUUGGUUGUGGAGGAGAGAAGCGCAGACAUGGUCUCCAGCUGUAACUGCAAGUUUCACUGGUGUUGUGCUGUUAAAUGUGAACAAUGCAGGAAAAGUGUGACCAAAUACUUCUGCGUUAAAAAGGAGAAGCGCGAGAGGAGCGGAGGCGGCAUCGCACGUAAAAAGGAAACAAAACCAAAAAAGACAUUUUGAAUCCUAUCUCACUGCUUCAUAACUGCAUCAUUUAUGAAACUGUACCCUUAUUGUUGCUGGACACGAAGCAUAGAUUUGUCAACCUGGUGAGACAAUAGAAUGAUAUGGUUCCCACAAAUAGUUACUAAUCGGACAACUAAAUUGAAAACAUGCAAUUCAUCUGUUCAGUAUCACAUCCUGACAAUGCGUACUCGAAGUCUAAGAAAAUAAUUUUAAUUUAUAGAUUUUUCAUGCUGUUCUCUUAUUUUAAUUUAAAGUUUUAAUCUCUCUUAAAAAUCAACUUUUGUUGUACUGGGUGAAAGUGCUGUAUUCUAUCACUUCUCAUAACCUCCAUGAAGCAAACUGCAAAACAAAGGAAUUGCAGAAAUAGUUUUUUAGUAGAACAGCCUGUCAUUGGACUACAAAUCCCAGCAUGCUCAAUCAAUCAUCAUGCUGGGAGUGUUAGCUCAACUAUUGUAGUACUCUAAAAAUAAUCAGUCCUUUAGAGCUUGCACAGUGGGACGGAUUCAGAUUUGGAAGCAAUGCAGAAAAAACACUCAAGUUUGUAUCUGGAACAAACCAUUUCGCAAUGCAAGGAGAGGAAAUACAUUUAUAUUUUUCCAGUGCACAGUAAAUAUAGUCUGCUUUGGCAUGUAGCCCACAAAUGUUAGACGGCUUUAUUUUUACACUGCAAUUUAAAUUUUGGUUUGGUCACACCCCUCCCAAAUCUAACUCUCUCUGCACGUUACAUCUGUGCCAACUGAAGGGCAAAAUGGUUUUCCCAGUUGCUUGCUUUUUUGGUUUGCUUCCACAUCUGAAUAACAAUUAGUCUAAGCCAGGGGUUCUCAAACUCGGUCCUCAGGACCCCACACAGUGCAUGUUUUGCAGGUAAUCCAGCAGGUGCACAGGUGUAUUAAUUACUCACUGACACAUUUUAAAAGGUCCACAGGUGGUGCUAAUUAUUUCACUUGUGAUUCUGUGAGGAGACCUGCAAAACAUGCACUGUGUGGGGUCCUGAGGACCGAGUUUGAGAACCUGUGGUCUAAGCAAGAUAUACAUUGGGGCACUGUGUUUAAACAAACGCACACAAAAUAUAUGUAGUCCUAGAUGCAGGAAGUAGAUAAGGUAUGUAAUCCAGUUUAUUUUCCAGUCAUUCUGUAAAUGUAGGUAUUUGGUAAAAACAAUUAUGAUCAGGAUCCAGGAAUGCGGUUUGGAGCUAGUUACCUGCAGUGACCUAUGCCACUGUGGAACUUGUAGUGCAUGCAGGCCCCACAGUGGGGUUGUUUUGGAAAUUCCUGGUGGGCCCCACUGCAUGAGGGUCCAUCCUCUCCUCCAGAGAUCAGAAUCUAGAUGUGAACUUGAAUUACACUAUACAUUACAUGUGUUGCAUUAUACUGCACAGGACUUUGUUUUAUUUUCUACGGUGCAUUCCUGUUAAUAAUUUGGUAUAUUUUAAUGCAUGCACUUCAAUAUUUACUAUACAUCCUAUAUAAUAAAAGACUAACACUGCUCCUCACCUAGAUGGUGCUCAAUGGAACAAUUUAAAAGUUGCUCCGUUCCAGCGUGCACAGCCUCUGGCGCUGAGAUUACUGUUAUGUUGUGCAGUCAUUUUAUCAGGCUGGUAACUAGUACUGUAUAAUGGGAACCCAGGUCAUGCACACUCCAAUGGUUAGCCAAGCCUAUGUGGAGGCUGGCCACACACCCUCUGGAGGCUGGUCACAUCCCUAAGUACGGGCCUCUAUCACUGCAUUACCUGGUGGGCCCUUCAUGACCAGUCCAACAAUGAAUGUGCAUCCCUGUCCAGGGGGUGUCCCACCAAGGAGGUUGUCUGUGACAACUGCCCUCCUGGGAAAUGGGGAAGGAGAGAUCCUAUGGUCCAGUAUUCCCGUAUGGUCCAGAUUGUUCCAGUUUUUUUACCCCAUUCUCAGACCACAUACUGUAGUAAUCUCUUCCUCCCCAUCUCCUGGCUAUAGCUGUCACAGACACUCACCCGGACAUGACACCCUUCAGGCAGGACUGCACACUACAAGCUCCACGGUGGCAGAGGUUGCUACAGGGAGCCAGUACAGUCUGGCAUUCCUGGCUCUGGACUGCUCAGGUUUUACUCAAUCCAGUGAAGUAUGUCUACUAAAACAAGCACAAUGGCCCAAAUGUAAUUGAGCCUUAACAAGAGCUAUAGUUGAGCCGAAUAAGGAGUGAUAAAUGACCAGCCAAUCAGCUUCCUAACUGUCAUUUUUCAAACACAGCCUGUUACAUGACAGGAGCUGGUUUGCUGGUCAUUUAUCACUCCUUAUGCAUCUCAGAUUUAUCUCUUGUUAAGGUUUAAUACAUUUGGGCCACUGUUUAAGAGCCCACAUUAUUAUUGUUUUCAAUGCUUAAUACCAUUUCUAAAAACACACUAAAAAAAAAUCAACAUCAUAACAAAAAUAAUAAUUGAGAUUAUUUAGUGAAAUUAGCAAUGUUGAUGGUAACCCAAGAAAACCAGAUAUCAGCUUAUUAUGAGUCUAAUCAAGUACUGUCUGAUUAUAGCAUGUUAAAUUUGCAUUGCUUUAUAUAUCUAUCAGCUACACAGUGGAGAAUUUGGGGCACAAACCAGCAUAGUUUUGUACUCCUCCAGACUGUCUGAGAAGCCUGCAAUUUUCAGGAGAUCUCCCAAACUAUCUAGGGAGUAAACUAUCCUCCUGGAUUUGCCCACAUUCCCAGUGAGACGCAUCAUUGUGGCCCUUGUCCCUGCUGCUGUACAUCUGGAAUUAUGAUAUUUAUCACACAACGCCCCACGUCUCCUACUUGUUCUCUGUGAUUCCUGGAGUGCUUUAGUAAAAUAUUGGGUAUGUAUGAUUUGGAGGAAACAGUACAGUACAUACUUUUCUAGAAAUUAGUGUUAGCACCAAGUUAUACAGGGGCAGAUUUAUUAAGCCUGGUGAAGUGAUAACGUGG